AUGUCUGGAUUCCCUUGGUUUAGGAUGACCCUCGCAACUGGCGGAUGGCUAGGUUACGCCAUCAUGCGCGCAACUACGCCUACACCAGAGCAGACGUACGCAGCAAUGUCUCCGGAUUUGCGUCGCAAAGUCGAUGCAAACCGCGCCGCACGGUUAGCAAUGGAGUCCGAGACUAAACGACAAGUGGAUGCUCAGCUGAAAGAUCCAGACUCCCAGAAACCCGUUUGGGCUGACAGCUCUCGCUCGUCAUAG